AUGAAUGCAGUUGAAAGUGUUGGUGCUGAGUUUUAUGGAGAGUGUAUCUUGCCUUUUCUGCUAUUAGAGACUCUUGAGUUUGUGGAUAUGCAGCAUUGGAAGCAAUGGCUUCCUUUCCAACAUGAUCGAGGAGGGGAUGUUUUCCCUUGCCUGAAACAGCUAUCAAUCAAUGAAUGUUAUAAGUUGGAAGGGGUGGUGCAUACAACUGCUAAGGUUGAGUUUGAGUUAUUAGAGUCCUUGUGCCUUUCAAACAUUUCAGAGCUGAUGUCUCUGCAAACAGGAGAAUUGUGCAGAAGGGUAUUAACCAAGGUCAAAGAUUUGAAGAUUAAUGGAUGCGAGGAGCUGACGUCUUCAUUGAAAAAUGAGGCUAGAUUAUUGCAACAGUUGACUUUUCUUGGCCGUUUGGAAAUUGAAGACAACUCUCCUCUAGUUGAAGAAUUGGGAAAAGAAGUAGAGGAGUUGCUGCAAUUGAAUUUGUCGUCUCUUCAGGAGGUUCACAUACACGAAUGUCCACGUUCUUUUCCAGAUGUUGGUUUGCCACCUUCUCUUAAAGACAUCGUGAUUAUAGAGUGUCAUUCGUUGAUUUAUUUUGCAAAACACCAGAUUCCCCAAAAUCUCAGAAGAAUAGAGAUAAGAAAUUGCAAAAGAUUGAAAUCACUAGUAGAUGAGGAGGCCGUUGGUUCUUGGUCGUCUUUCGCUCACAGUUAUCUUGAGUACUUGAAUAUCCAGGAAUGUCAAUCUCUGACGUCGUUAUCCUUGAGAGGUCAGCUUCUCAGGACAUUUGAACACCUUGAGAUGUGUUAUUGUGAACAACAAGAGUUAAUAGCAUCGGACGGGUUCUUCGGCAACAACACUAAUCACUGUCUUGAAUGUAUUAAGAUAUGGGAGUGCCAAAAUUUGAAAUCCUUACCGGAUGGCUUAUGCCACCUCAACAAUCUUCAAACGUUGAAUAUUGAUUUAUGUGGAAGUCCUGUUUCCAUCCCGAGAUUGAGUGGGGGGAGAAGAGCCUCCAACCUGAGAAACAUCCUGAUCACCAAUUGCGACAAAUUGGAGGCUUUGCCCCUAGGCAUGCAUAAUCUCAACUCUCUUAAGGAAUUGGACAUCGACUACUUUGAAGGUUUGACUUGCUCAGUCCCCCCAACCUAA